AUGCUCCCACUACUCAGAAGAAGCUCAGCUUCCUUAAUAACAACGCCCCUUUUCUCGUCGUCGGCAACGCCAUUUUUGUCAACUCCAAUCCCUAAUUCCCUCACCAAGCUCGUCGUCAUGGAUCUCGGCGCAUCCAACGGCGUUGGGCCUUCCAAAAGGCUAGUGGCCUUGGCACAACAGCUGCGUCUCUACAGACCGCCGCCGCCGCCCGACGGCGACGACGAUGAGGAGGAGGAGGAGCAGCGGAUCGAGGAGAGCGCAGGGAAAGUGGUCUCGCAGGUGGGCUUUGCGGAGUCUGCAACCCCAGUGGCCCAACAGCCCGCUGACAGGUUCAGGCCCAAACGAGCCGCCGUCCUCAUUUGCCUGUUCGAAGGUGAUGAUGGGGAGUUUAGGGUUAUCCUCACCAAGAGAUCGUCGGGGCUGUCUACUCAUUCUGGUGAAGUUUCUUUGCCUGGUGGGAAAGCAGAAGAAACAGAUGCAAAUGAUGCCGAGACAGCAACGAGGGAAGCGAAAGAGGAGAUAGGAUUAGACCCUUCACUUGUUAAUAUUGUAUCUUGCCUCGAACCAUUCUUAUCAAAGCAUCUCCUUAGGGUUAUUCCUGUUAUUGGCAUACUCUCGAACAAGAAAGACUUUGACCCGUCCCCUAAUGCUGCUGAGGUUGAAUCUGUAUUUGAUGCCCCCUUGGAAAUGUUUCUCAAGGACGAAAAUAGAAGAUCGGAAGAAAGAGAGUGGAUGGGGGACAAAUAUCUGAUCCAUUUUUUCGAAUAUGUAUUUAACAACAAGAAGUAUCUCAUUUGGGGUUUAACUGCCGGUAUAUUGAUCAGAGCAGCUUCAAUCGUUUACCAGAGGCCACCCGAUUUUCUCGAGCAAAAUCCUAAAUUCAAAGUUCCUAGAGUGGUGCUGAAGGAUACUACCAUGCCUUGA